AUGCCUACAGGUCUUGUUGCUGUUGAACCAGCUGCUGUUCGAGAACGGAUCCAACAAGAUUUACCAAUUCUGCAAGCUUGUUAUGAGUUAUCUCUUGCAAAAGUACCCGAGUUGGGUGGAAGGUUUAUGCUGAGCUUUGAUGUGAUAUCAUCUGGUUUUGUACAAGAUGUUACAUUACAAGAGCAGGGCUGUCAAUAUCAUCAGCAUAAAAAAGGUUUGGUGCAGCCAGGUAUUGCAACAACGUCUUUGGCAAAGAUUGAACAUGUUGUUGUGCUAACGCUUGAGAAUCGUUCUUUUGAUAAUCUUGUUGGCUGGUUAUAUACACCUGAAUUGCCUGCAAAAACAUUUGUAAUGCCAGUAUCUAGUCAGCCACCUUACUAUGAUGGGCUUGCUUAUGGCAAUUUUAGUAAUCCUAAUGUGCCUAGUGCGUUACCAAUAAGUGUACCUGUACAACGUGGUGCAGAUCAUUUUACGAUACCAGAUCCAGAUCCUCAUGAAGCGUUUCAAUAUGUUACGAAGCAAUUAUAUGGAGAUCAUAAACCUGUAUUUGGUGAUGUGGCGCCCAUGAAUGGAUUUGUGCGUAAUUAUGCAACGGUGGAAGGGAGUACUCCUGAGCAUAUUAUGCAAACGUAUACGCCUGAGCAGCUUCCGGUGUUAAGUUUUCUUGCCAGACAAUUUGCUAUUUCCGAUGCUUGGUUUUCUUCUGUGCCAACACAAACUCAAGCUAAUCGUGCUUUUUUACAUAGUGGAACGUCUGACGGGCAGGUUAAUAAUGGAAAUCCUUUUUUCUAUGGUUCUAAGACCAUUUUUAAUGUGCUCUCGGAUUAUGAUGUGUCGUGGCGUGUUUAUAGUGAUUCUGGUGUAUUACCAUCACUUGUACGUUUAAAUAUGACGCGUUUAUGGUCGCCAAUAUUCAAUAGACAUUUCCAACGCUUCGAACAGUUUAAGAGAGAUGCUGCUUCUGGGCGUUUGCCAGCUUAUUCAUUUAUUGAACCGCGGUUUAUUCAUGAUGCUCCAUUCGUAGGAGGUACGGUCAAUAGUGAACAUCCACCAACAAAUGUUCAAGCAGGAGAGCAGUUUUUAGCCGAUGUUUAUACAGCACUGUUUCGUGGAGCUAAUUGGGAUAAAACGGUUUUGAUUAUUACCUUUGAUGAGCAUGGUGGUAUUUAUGAUCAUGUUAGCCCACCAUGGGGAGCAGUACCUCCAGAUGAUAAGAGCCAGCCAGGUAAACAAGGUUUUUAUUUUGAUCGUUUUGGUGUCCGUGUCGCAACUAUUGUUGUGUCGCCUUGGGUUGAUGAAAGUGUUGUUUUUCGCUCUUUUUCAACUCCUUAUGAUCAUACAUCUAUUUUGGCAACGAUUAUGGAUUGGCAGGGGAUACCUAGAGGUGAACUCCCAAGUAAACGUGUACAGGCUGCUGCUAAUAUUACUUCAGUUUUUCGUCGUGUUACGCCACGUAAGAUGCCAGACAUGAUUCAUCUACCACCUUGGAACGUUAUGAAAGAACAAUCCGAUUUUGCAAUGGGAAAACGAAAACUGACGGAUUUCGAGAAAGGUGUCAUUGGUGCUUAUACGCACUAUAUGAAUCAUUUAAAGGGUAAAAAAUUUAAUCAGCGUGAGCUAAAACAGAUUUUAGAUCACAUUAAGACACUUAGCGAUGCCAAUAAACAUAUUCAUCGAUUACGUCAGCAAUAA